GUCUGGCAGCUUCUGGCGACUUGCUGGAGCUUGCGCCCGACAGAGGCUUGGGCUUUUGGGAUGAUCUGCCUGAGCCGAAGCUUUGCAGCGUGUUUUUGACUGUGGUUGCGGCCGCAAGGAUGGCCUUGGAGGUGGCAAAGGAGAACAGGACGCAGAUGCACCCGACCGAAUGGGCGGUGUGGCAGUAUCACUUGGACAACUGUCCGGAGAUCCAGGAUGAGCACAUGCCGCGGCACUUCGAGGUGAAUGAGGAUGACCCAGCAGCUCGCGAUUUUUUUGUGGCUUUGAACCAUGUAGUCUUCAGCAAGGUGCUUGCGGAUGCCUGCGACUGCUUGCUGCUGGAGAUUCAGAAAUGGGUCGGAGAGUUGGAAGCGGAGAAGAAGGAUGUGGAGGCAGUUCUUCGGACUGUGAACAGUGAGUAUUUCCGCGCUGAAGGACGAUUCUACAGGUGCCGUUUGAAGUUCAGGCAGAAGGAUUACUAUUGUCGCCAUCAUGGCUUCGGGGAUUUUCCUUCGAGAUGCUGA